CCGGCGAAGUCGCUGCGUUAUUUUCCUGUCGCCGCCGCGCGUCCCCCAUCCAGCAGGAACGAGUGCGACCUGCGGGACGCGAUCGAGCUCAGCCGCUCCGCGUCCAGACCCGCAUCCAUUUCACACUGAGCCAGCUGCCUGCCCGCUCCCCCCUACCCGACCGGCAACUCGGGACGGAUCCUCGGACACCUACUGUAGAAACACGGGGCAAAAAGCUUGUUUAGAUGGCGGCGACGCGGUAUUUAAAACGGCUCAGACUGCACUCGCCAUUAUAUAAGUGCGUCUCGACACUGCUGCUCCCGCGAAGAGGUCUUGCAGAUAAAAACGAGAAGGGCUGGUUGCGGUCCUUGUUUGUUCACAAAGUGGACCCCAGGACAGAUGCCCAUUCGAACCUGCUGUCAAAGAAGGAAACAAGCAAUUUAUAUAAAAUUCAGUUUCACAACGUGAAACCGGAGUGCUUGGAGGCCUACAACAAUCUGUCAGCUGAGGUUCAGGGGCACCUCCAUCAUGACAGUGAUUACCCCUGUGAGGUCAUUGGGAGCUGGAACACUUGGUAUGGAGAGCAGGACCAGGCAGUGCACCUGUGGCGGUACACCGGUGGUUAUCCGGCCUUGACCGAGUGUUUGAAUAAGUUGAAGCAGAAUAAGGCGUAUCUGGAGUUCCGCAAGCAGAGGAGCACGAUGCUGAUUUCCCGACGGAACCAGCUCCUCUUGGAGUUCAGUUUCUGGAAUGACCCGCUACCCAGAGCAGGCCCCAAUAUAUAUGAGCUGCGGUCCUACAGACUUAAGCCAGGCACGAUGAUUGAAUGGGGAAAUCACUGGGCUCGUGGUAUUAAGUACCGGCAAGAGAACCAGGAAGCGGUGGGAGGUUUCUUCACACAGAUUGGAGACCUGUACAUCGUCCACCACUUGUGGGCUUACAAAGAUCUGCAGUCCAGAGAUGAAACGAGAAAUUCUGCCUGGCAGAAGCCUGGCUGGGACUCGACCGUAUAUUAUACAGUGCCGUUGAUCAGAAGCAUGGAGUCCAGAAUCAUGAUCCCAACUAAGAACUCGCCUCUCCAGUAAUAACUCCAAGCUGGCCAAGAGGGCAUGGCAGCAUUGUUUAGUGGGGGGAGAGUACCAAAACUCUGGCUGCCCCCCAACACAAGCUCUGAAGUUGGCUGAAAGCUUACAUCAUUCAUUACCGCCGUUCACGGAUAGUGACUUAAAGGAGGCCUCAGAGGGAAUUAAGGCAGCACUCUGCUUUGUGAUCUUAUUGAUUUAUUACAAAUUGACCUACUUACUUAGAUUGUCUAGCCUCUAAUUUCUGGAAUUACACUUUUUUGGUCAGUUGAGAAACAUUUUCACUUCAUAUCACAUUUGCUGUAAAUCCCCACUUGACCUACUUGGUGAGAAAUUUGAUUAUUAAUUAAUUAACUAGCCUGAUGAAAAAAUGAGUAUGGUACAUUAGUGGGUGAUAAGAGAAGAUGUAUGGAAUAAUCCAGUGUUUGCUUUGCUGAAGUAUGUGGGCCUGUGCUCUAUGUUAACCAUGGCUCAAAACAUUCCAUUUUCUGAACUGCCUACUGCAAAGGUUGUCAAUGAACAGUUGCUGCCCUAGUUUCCAGGAAUUGUCAUGAUAUCUCGUUUUGGUACUCGGUUGAGCACUCGGUUUACACAUGCUUUUGUAAUGACUACAGCAAUCAUAAAAUUAAAUUGCACAAUGAUGACCAAACCACAAUUGAAA